UAAAAUGGUGCCCGAAAGAGUCUAAUUACAUUUGCAACCUACAUCAGACUCCCCUCUAUCACCGCUCCCUUUCUCCCUCUCUCAUUCACUCACUCUCUCACGACUACACAAUAAAUGGAUCUUUGCUGAAAAAAAAAUGCAAGAGACGUGCGAUAGAAGAGGGGAGGAGGAGAAGAGAAAGAGCAAGGGAGGGGGAAACGGCGUAUGCUUGUAUACAACUACCCCGAUUUCCAUUUUUUCCCCUAACUCGUAAUGUAUUUAAUUCAAGUGAAACGUAAUCAUGACGUGUCUUGUCAUUAAUCUCUUCGUCGCCUCUCCCGGACUACAAAGAGGUGAUCACAGAGAUCACCAUUAUAGAACAGCAACGUUGAGAACUAGAACAUGGCCUGCUCUCAUAUCUGAGUAUGGAUUCUCCUCCGGAGUGUGUGUUGGCUCUGUCCUGUGAGCCGUCUCUCUCUCCGCCGGCCAUGCCCUCCCUGGACCACAGCCCUCUGGCCCCGCCCUCCUCCACGGCCCAACCCAGCACCCCGCCCUCGGGCAGCCCCUGCCCCUGCCCCUGCCCCUGCCUCAGCCCUGGCCCCAGUCCAGAUCCUGGCCUCUACCCUAGCCCCUUCCCUGGCCCGCAAGUCCCAAAAGACUCCUCUCUGUCCCCCCUCCCUCACCUCCAAAACCAUAAGCAGGACAGCAGGGUAAAUGGCAGAGAGAACAUGGUAGUUAAGGACGGGGAGAUGGAAGGGGAAGUAGAAGAAGAGGAGGAGGAGGAAGAGGAGGAGAGGGUGUCUGCUCCGUCCUCUCCCACCCCGGCUGUUGCACUGUUCCCUGGGGAAGGUCCAGCGGCCGCACCACCUCCCAGGGAGUCCCCGCCACCGACCUCCACGCCCCCAUCUGUCCCCUCCUCCAUACCAGGGGGCUUCGUCGCCCUGGAGAUGGCCUUGUCAUCGUCAUCGUCAUCGUCUGCGGUGCCGUGUGGGGACGACGAGCUGGACCUGCAGAUGUUCCGGCGUGACGCCAUGGUUUCCUCGUCAGCGUCGCCAUCAUUGACGUCAUCGUCAUUGCCCUCCACGCCUCAAGGGGGCGCCACCGCAGGGCUACGGUUCCCGUGUGGCGUGUGCGGCAAGCGGUUCCGCUUCCAGAGCAUCCUGUCGCUGCACGCCCGGGCCCACAGACUGGACCGCGAGCGCAAGUCCACGCAGGUUCUCUACCGAAGCACAGGUGGUGUGAGCGCUAACCUUCGAAAGACGCGGCACGGGAACUUGGAUCUGGACAUGGACAAGGACCGAGAUCACCCAAGUGACCCCCAGGAUAGUGACCUGCUGAUCGGAAGCCUUGAUAGUGGGUCUAUGGACCGCAAUAUCAAACAGACUGUAGGUAGAAACUGUGAACAGAGUUUAGAUGGAGGUCCUGACACUUGUUUGAAAAACAGUGUAGACCAGAGGUUGAGGAACAGCCGGAGAAGUAUUGUAGCAGGGAGGUUGGAGGACAUUGUUUUGAACCUCGGUGCGGACCGGAGGUUAGUCGACGAAGUUCUGGACCAUGGUGCGGAUAGGCGGUUGGAUGAAGCUCUUGAUCGCAGCUUUGGCCUAAGUCCAGACCAUAGCUUGGAGUCGAGCUCAAACCCGAGCCCAAGAGAGAGCCUCCACCACGAGGAUUCCCUCCAAUCAGCUUUCAGCACCCACUUCCUGUCUGACCCCUUCCGGAACCCCUCGGAAUCACUCACCCCUUCACCUCCUCUGGCCCUGACUAAAGAAGGGCCACCUAUCUCAGCCGCAUUCAGUCCGCUCAUGAUGCUCCCCUCUCCAGCAGAGGACCUGGCCUCAGAGAAAAAAGGCAUCCCUUCCAUAGCCGGCUCCCCCUUGUCAUCAGCAGGGGCAGCAGCAGCAAUGGGGGGAUCCUCGUUCCGUUGCAACGAGUGCAAAGGGAAGUUCCGAACGGCCUCAGAGCUGGCUCGCCACACCCGCAUCCUGCACAACCCAUACAAGUGCACACUGUGCCCCUUUUCUGCCAGCCGGGAGGAAGACCUGGCCACCCACCUGCGGGAGAACCACCCAGCGCCUGGCGUUGUUGUCGUUGCUGCUGCCGCAAAUCCCAAGAAUGCCAGGAAAACAACCACUGUUCUCACCACAACUUCGCAUGUCAAACAGCAUGUGCCACCACCACCACCACCUUCAGGAAAGACGACUCCACUGACACCUCCAGCACUGUCUCCAUUGUCAUUGACGCUGUCCGCGUCAUCACUGUCACUGCCUUUCUCGCCACGACCGGCUCGCGAGAACGCCACCCCGCCAGCCUUGCCCGUUGCCAUCACUGCCCUGAACGCCAACCCUAGCGCAGGCAUCCACUCCGCUGCCAUCUCACACCAAAAGGGCAAUGGAGGUAGCAGCGUUGCUGGUGGAGGAAGUGCGGCCGCCACAGGUGCAGGUGCGGCUGCAGCCGGAGGAGGUGCCCCACUGCCGGCCUUCCGUUGCGAGACGUGCGGCCAGCGCUUCACCCAGUCCUGGUUCCUGAAGGGACACAUGCGCAAGCACAAGGACUCGCUGGACCACAAGUGCCAGGUGUGCGGCCGCGGCUUCAAGGAGCCCUGGUUCCUCAAGAACCACAUGAAGGUCCACCUCAACAAGCUGGGACUCAAGGCUGGCCUGGCGGCGGGGCUCGGCCUCGGGGGAGGACCUGCGUCCGCUGGGGAGCCGACCACGGCCAAGUCCCCUGGUAGUGGCGGUGGUGGAAACCGGAGCAGGAAUCAAUCGUUGAGCGCGCUCUACUCCAGCCUCCUUCUGGGUCGCGGUGGAGCUGGUGGUGGAGGGAGUGCAGGGAGCCGGGUGGAGAGAGAGCUGGCUGCGGCGGCAGCUGCUGCAGCAAUGGCGGCCGCCGCGGCAGGGUCCAGCAAGGCCUCCUCCCUCCUCAGCUACCUGGGGCUUCCCACCGCCACAGGGGCCGAGGGGGCCAGCUGCGUGGAGAGGCUGCAGGCCGUGGCACAGGUGGCAGAGAUGGGCAAUGGUGCCGAGCGGCGAGACAGGGACCGGGAAAAGGAGCGGGAGAGAGAACGAGAACGGGAAAGAGAGAGAGCUCGAGACGAACGUGGAGGCUCCGAGAUGACACCUGGUGCUGGUGACCUGGCAGCGGAGCAGGUGGCCAUGUGGCAACUGCUGGCCCGUAGCCUGUCAGGUGCCCAACACAGCCUUCAGCCACAGCAGCCGAAGGCCCGGGCCCGGUCCCACCAGUCCCACCAGCCUCGGGGCUCCGUGGCUGGGGAAGCGGAACAGCUGAGGGCCUACCUUGGAGGCCUGGGUGGCCCCUUGACCACAAGGGAGAGAGACGACCACCACUCCACCACCAACACACACCACCCACCACUCUCGGCCCAGUCGGGUGCCUCCGGGAUGGGGGCUUCUGAGCUGGGGAGCUUAGGGGGGCCGUGGGAGUGCCCUGACUGUGGGAAGCUUUUCCGGAGCCUACAGCAGGUGGUGGUUCACGCCCGUGUCCACCUACAGAGGCCUCAGAGGGGAUCCCGACGGGAGGAGGACAGCUCUCUGCACAGAGGAGGAGCUGGUGGAGGUGAGUCAGGGGGUCGAAGAGGAGGCAGCAACAGCAACAGCACCAGCACCAGCACCAGCAGCAGCAGCGCUGGCAGCGCUGGCGCCCACAGCACGGAGUCCAAGCUGGGCCAAGACAGAACGGCUGACCUGACUGGAGGCUUCCACUCCCUCUUGUCCUCCCUCUCUGGUGAGAACGGUCUUCAGGGGGUGACGGCAGGUGCUGCCCAGCUCCAGAGGGAGCGUGUGCGGGGCAAGGGCAUAAAGGACUGCCCCUACUGUGGGAAAGCCUUCCGCUCCUCACAUCACCUCAAAGUUCACCUCCGUGUCCACACAGGCGAGCGGCCCUACAAGUGUCCCCACUGCGACUACGCCGGCACCCAGUCCGGCUCUCUCAAGUACCACCUGCAGCGCCACCACCGCGAGCAGCGCAACGCCAGUGCCAACGCCAACGCCCUUCAGCAGGUGGCGUCCUCCUCCCCCUCGCCCUCCAGCCUGCCCGGCUCGCCCCGCUCCGUCGUCGACUCUAACCACCACCAGGCCUCCAAGCCGAGGCCGGCGGUUGCAGCUGCCAACGUCGCCCAGUCCCUCUCCGCUCAGCUGGCUGCCUUCGGGAAGAUCAGUGCCAGUGCCUCCCUGAGCGCGGAGCUUUCACAGGCGCAGGCGCAGUCACAGUCUGCCACAGCCACGUCCAGGCACAGCCUUGCCUGGGCUCGCAGCAGUGGUGGUGGUCAGGAGGGGAGGACGGGACGCAAGAGCGGAUCCUCAGCCGGGUCUGGGUCAGCAGCCGCGGCCAUGGCUGCAGCGGCCGCCUUGAGGGAGAGCGAGCUGGAGAGCCAGUAUAACUUCCUGUCCGGGGUGGUUGGCGCCCUCUACCAGGGCGGUAUGGCCGGGGAGGCUGCCUGGAUCCUGGGUAGUGGUGGUGGUGGUGGUGGUGGAGGGAGCACCAGGGCUGGUGGUGGUCGGGGCGGAGAUGACCUGGCAGGUCCUCCACCGGCCAAGCAGGCCAAAGUGUCGCGCCGAAAGCCCCUCACCACCAGCCGAAUGGUGCCUGCCAACGGCCACGAGACCACCAUCUCCCCUCCUCCCCCACAAUACUCCUCUUCACGCCGAGUGACGGAGGGGGGCUUUGAGCCUCUGGACCUGUCUGCUUCUCGUCGGAGCCUUCCAGAGCGAGAAGGAGGUGAAAAGCGGAAGAGAGAGGGAAGAGGAGGAGUAGGAGAGGAAGGAGGAGAAGUAGGAGAAGACGGAGGAGGCAUCACUCUCAGCCAAUGCCUGUUCUGUCCAUUCCGCACCUCCUCUGCUGAGCUGAUGGCUAUGCACCUGCAGGUGAACCACACCAGCAAGUCUCGCCGCAAGAGGACCCCUCCUUUGCCACUCCUCCAUCUCACCUCCUCCACCUCCACCUCUCCUGUUCCUCCUUCCACCUCCCCCAGUGUGUCCUCCACCACCUCUUGGUCUGCCAAUGCCACCCCAUCAUCCACCAUCACCACUAACACCACCACCAACGUGACUGGUGGCACAGUGGGCCGCCAUGGUCUAGAACCGGAUCCUCUGGCCCUGUGGAGGUACGUGAGUGGGCGGGAGCACGAUGAUGACUUGGGUGCUGACUUGGGCGCCGACGUGGGCCGUGGAGAUACCCGUCUGCAGCUGACAGAGAAUGGCCUGGGAAACGGCGAGGAAGAGGAUGAGGAAGAGGAGGAUGGUGAUGAAGAAGGAGAACAAGAGGAGGAAGAGGUGGAGGAGGAGGAUGGGAUGGAGGAAUAUAGACAGGAUGAGGCGCUGCUUCAGCACCAUGAGGAGGCUGAGGAAGAUGAGAAGGCGAUGGAGGAGGAUGACAUAGAAGAAGAAGAAGAAGAAGAAGAUGGCGACGAUGACAAUUUGGCCAGUGAUGUCUACGGAACUCCGGCCAGCUCAGCGCUCCACGAGAUUGAUGAUGACGAGAACAUGGGAGAGGAGGUUGGUGAGGAAAAGAAUAAGGGAGAAGGGGAGGGAGAGGGAGAAGAAGAAGGGGAGGUAGAAGAGGAAGGGGAGGAUGAGAAGAGCGUGGAAAGCAUGGAGAGACUAGAAGCCCUUCGGAUGGCUUGUGUCUCCGGGAUGUCCCCAGGGGGCCAGGCUGAGGCUUCACCCAGGAUGGAGGAGGGCGUGGUGGCAGACUGAUAACCAGAGACAGACUGGGGGUUCAACCUCGUACGUCUUGGGGACCAUAAGGAACAUGUGGAAUGUGAACAAUGAUGGACACUUCUGCUUAGACACAUUAGGACUCGACGCAGAGCAGAAGGACUGAAAAAUCAUGCUGUCUAUGGUUAUUUCUCUCUUUCUCUUGCUCUCUCUUCUUCUCUCCUUUCUAUCUACGUAUCUCGCCAUUCAAUCAAACCCCUCCGAUGAACAAUAGAAUAGUAUAUUCUGUGUCUUCUGUGUGUCUGGUGUGCCCACAGAAGAAUGAAAUGUAAUCUAAGGUGCAAAACAUGUACAAUCAUCAAACUUCAAUGUCGGAUGGGGACAAAAGAAACCUUACAAACCACAUAUCACAUGGGACUUCUGACUUCCGAUUUUAGAAAACAGGUCGACAACUUCCAGGUAACACAAAUAAACACACACACACUCAUAAAGACCACACAGAAAAAUCAUACGUUGAACUUUAAGUCUCAGUCAUGUACAUACAUACAUGUAUAAAUCUAUAUAA